AUGGAGCUAGCCUUGGAAGAACCGGCCAUCGGCGGUCAGCCGGGACAGCGACACCUCUCACAACAACUUAAACAACAACCCACUGCUACUUCAUCGCCCAAAAGUGCAGCUCCGGCUAGUGAUGCCGGGGCGGACGCUGGGAGUGAGCCGCCCAUCAACCCGCGCAAGAGAAAGAAGGCAUCUCGGGCUUGUGACUUCUGCCAUGUCAAUCACCAACCGUGCGACAACGGCAAGCCCAAGUGCGGCGUGUGCACCAAGCAUAACAAGCCAUGCUUAUACCUGCGACCGACUAAGCGCCGCGGCCCGCAAAAGGGCUACCGCACCGCCCUCAACAGCUACAAGGAGAGCGCCGCCGCUUGGGGCGCCGUGCUGGGCGCCAUCCCAGGCCUAGACGCCCUCAUCGAGGGCCACCUGCGUGCCACCGCCGGCAACGCUGUCAUCGCCUCCAUCAAGGACUCCAACCAGCAGGACGCCCUCAUCGCCAAGUGGCAGCAGAGCUCCGUAUUCAAAGCCUUCUUCGGCCACAACGGCCCGCCGCCGGCGCUGCAGCAGCAGGCCGCUUCGGAGAGCGGUGCUGGGGCGGGGGUGAGGGGGAGCCCUGCGGUUGCGCCGCUGUCGGAGGAGGCUGAAGGAGGAUGA